AUGAAGAUCUCUUCAGAAGAACACUACACAGACCUCGAAACAUACCAAUACAUAGACCCCUACAUAGACCUCUACAUAGACCUCUACACAGACCUCUACUUAGACCUCUACAUAGAACACUACACAGACCAAGAAACAUACCAAUACAUAGACCCCUAUAUAGACCUCUACAAAGACCUCCACACAUAUAUCUACAUAGACCUCUACAUCGACCUAUACACAGCACUCUACACAUACCUCUACACAGACCUCUACAUAGACCUCUGUACAGACCUCUUCACAUACCUCUACACAGACCUCUACAUAAACCUCUAUACAGACCUCUACACCGACCUAUACACAGACCCCUACAUAGACCUCUACGUAUACACAGACCUCUACAGAAACCUCUACACAGACCUCUUUAUAGACCUCUACACCGACCUAUACACAGACCCCUACAUAGACCUCUACACAGACCUCUACAUAGACCUCUACACAGACCUCUACAGAAACCUCUACACAGACCUCUAUAUAGACAUCUACAACGACCUAUACACAGACCCCUACAUAGACCUCUACACAGACCUCUACAUAAACCUCAAUACAGACCACUAUACAGACCCCUACAUAGACCUCUACAUAGACCUCUACACCGACCUCUACACUGACCUCUACACCGAUCUAUAUACAGACCUCUACAUAGACCUUUACAUAGACCCUUACAUAGACCCCUAUAUAGACCUUUACACAGACCCCUUCAUAAACCUCUAUACAGACCCGUACAUAGACCUCUACGUAUACACAGACCUCUUUAUAGACCUCUACACCAACCUAUACACAGACCCCUACAUAGACCUCUACGUAUACACAGACCUCUACAGAAACCUCUACACAGACCUCUAUAUAGACCUUUACACCGACCUAUACACAGACCCCUACAUUGACCUCUACACAGACUUCUACAUAAACCUCAAUACAGACCUCUAUACAGACCCCUACAUAGACCCCUACAUAGACCUCUACACCGACCUCUACACCAACCUCUACACCGAUCUAUACACAGACCUCUACAUAGACCUUUACUUUGACCUCUACACAGACCUCUCUACACAGACCUCUACAUAA